GAAUAAAUAGAAAUUCAUCGACGAUCGUAGCAGACGUUAGGCUUAACUUUAGUCUCAUGUCGGUUCGUGCUCCCGAGUUUUAUACGAUUUAUAAAGAAAGUAAGACUUAAUACGUGAUGAAUUUGUUAUUUAAUUAAAUUUAAAACGUCGUAGAUUGUGUUAAAGUAGAUAAAUCGUUUGAUAUGAAGACAUGUCGUUGAUUAUAACGUAUUAAAAGAUUCCAAUGGCGAAUCACUAUGAAAUUCCAACAUGGGCCGGAAAGCCUCCCGUAGGUCUUCAUUUGGAUGUUUUAAAAAUCGAUAAGCUCAUACAGAAAUUAAUGAUCGACGAAAAGAAAUGUUACUUGUUCGGAAGGAAUCCGGAAAUAAAUGAUUUUUGUAUAGAUCAUGCUUCGUGUUCCAGAGUUCAUGCUGCCUUAGUAUAUCAUAAACAUCUUAACAGAGCUUUUCUAGUGGAUUUGGGAAGCACACAUGGAACAUUUAUUGGAAACGUCCGGCUAGAAUCGAACAAACCGACGCAGUUGCCCGUCGACACGGCGUUUCACUUCGGUGCCUCCACUCGUGUCUACAUUCUAAGAGAGCGUCCACAGAAAUCUUCCAGAUCAACAUCGGAAGAACAAGACAAGGUCGGAGAAGAGCUGGAGGGAGGCCUGUUGGGUCUUCCGGAAACUGAAACUGAAUUAGAUAACUUGACUGAAUUUAACACUGCCCACAAUAGAAGAAUCAGUAUGUUGGGGAUAACAGAUGAAGAAAUAAAAACUACGAGCAGGAAAAGGAAAGUAAUAGCUGUCAAAUUUAAAGACGAAGAAGAAAUUAUCAAUCCGGAGGACGUGGAUCCAACGGUGGGAAAAUUCAGAAAUCUGAUACAGACGGCAUUAAUUCCGAACAAGAAAGUCAAGCUCGAUGCAUCCAAUCCUUUUGGAAGUGGACUGUCAGAUUCGUCGCACAACGUGGGAAGCCAGUCGUAUGGCUCAUCGUACGACUCCGACUACACCCGCGGCUCUCUGGACUCGGGCGUGCACGGACAUGUCAUUCCACUGUUUUCACCCUCACUGUCAGCGAAACUUGGACUACACUUGCCCAAUCCUGCUCCAGACGUCGACCUGCUUCCUCCCAUUGAGGCGCCGCCCAUCACCACUACCCUGCUGCAUCCCAGGACCGCAGUUGAUGCCAACCUCCCUCCGGAACCCAAAAAGAAGAAAUAUGCAAAGGAGGCGUGGCCGGGAAAGAAACCGGCUCCGUCGCUACUGGUUUAGAUCAUAAACUCAUUAAAUGUAUAAAGAGUUCAUUGUCACAUCUCAUCCGAAACGGUUUUAUAAAUUUGCUAGAAAUCGACCAGGUUGGGAAGACCCCCGGUUGUCAUGUGUGUUACGGCUCCAGGCCUAUCCACAUUUAAUUUUAGCCGUGUAUAUUUUUAGUAAGUUUAUUUUACUGUCGCUAUGUUAAAAUUUCAUGACAAAAUUUUUGUAGAAGCCUUAGAUCAUUUCCUUAACUUACAUUUACAUAUACAUGAUAUCUGCUCUCUAAAAGUCCAUUUUGUAAGUGUUUGAAUUCUAUGACUCUGAUGCUACCAUAAUGAGUUUUAAAGGGCAUCAACUAAAGGGAGUUUGGUAAGUUUUGCCGUUCAUUUCGACUUUGGCUAAUUUUAUGCAUAAUCUCCACUGUACAUACUUUACUAAUCAGUUGAGGUUCUGUAGUAUUCUAAACCAUGUUUAACAUGUGCUUAAUAAAACAAACUGAUUUACAAUCUUUUGUAAUGUUCAUGUUUUCAAAAAUUCCAAUAACUAAUGUGGGAGUGGGCUUAAAUCACAGAAAAAUCUUAUGUUCAUCUAAUUCUUCCAUUGUAGGUGAUAUCUAAUCAACAGUGUUCCUUUUAAAUUGUGCAUAUGUACCUCUAAAACACUAAAGUCCUAUAACUUUUAUGUUAAUGCUUUAUCCAAUAACAAUAAGCUUAGGUCUGUAUUCCGGUCGUCAUCUCGUCUCCAAUUAGAUAAUCAUUUGUUUACAUCUCUCCAAAUACCUUUUUCUCAAAGAUUCUCUCGGUCUUUUGUCUGUUGCUUCGAUUUCAUUAUGUCCAAUAUGGAUGACCAGAUGCUACUCGUGCUGUACAGUCGUAUUAGAACAAUCUGUAUAAAACAAAAAACAUAUCUUUGUCAAAAUUAUGGGCUUAUGCUUUCCUUAGAUGUAAUCUAUAACUUAAUACUCAGCAUUUUUGAAAAUUUUUCAAUUUGAUUGGUUAAAAUUCUAUACCAUGUUGCAUGCACAGAUAAGCCAAACAUGUAUAAUCAACCUGAUAGAAUCAUGAUGUCUUCCAGAAUUGCCUCUGUCUCUUGAUUUAAUGUCAUUUGUCUCCAAAAGAAGAGAUGAGAGAUAAGUGUCCAGAUUAAGGCCCCCGAUUUAAUCAAUUAUUUUUAGUCGAGUCUGUGAUACGACCUUACGGGAUCACUAUAUGCCAAAAUUAUACAUCAUCCUAUGUAUUUGAACAAAAGAAAUAUUUAUAAUGCAGGAUAAUGACGAAAAUUCCCAACUUUGAAAAACCAGGGAAAAAGAAUAUAUGUAAAUCUAAAAAAUAAAAUCAGUAGAAGUAUAAACAUAUCUAUCAAUAAAUGAAAAUGCUAAUAAGUAAUCAAUUGUUUGUAAUUCGAUUGUAAAAAUUCUACUUAUUAAUUUAGAAAAUUCUAUCAUUAACAAGAAAAAAUAAUAGACUUACUUCUAUCAUAUCAU